CGCACCUCCCCCCCAACCCUCGGGCUCUGGUUUCUUUUUGUUGGGAACACCCUCCCCUUUCUCUCGCUUUCCCCGCCCCAGUCUCUCUCUUCGGUGCAGAAAGUUAGACCCCAGGCCGGGUGCAGCGAGUGCCGAUCGGACGGGCCGACCCAGCGGAUUAAUUGGAAUUCUUCAAAAUGUCAGGUGUAGUCCCCACAGCACCUGAGAAACCUGCAGAUGAAAUGGAAAAUCAGAUAAAGUCUCCUGAUCCACUGCCUGCGGCCCCUCCUGACUACAAUUCCCAUUUUGUACCAGGACCCCCUGGAGCAGCAGUCCCUCCACCUGUAGGCUACCCAGGAGCCUUCCCUGUGAGAUAUUACAGUCUACAGCAGCCCAGUACCUUCCCCUACUGCAAGCCAACUGGUGGCACCCACCCCAUCCAAUACCAGCCUGGCAAAUAUCCAGUGUCGUAUCAGUCUGCUCCAAUAACCUGGAUGCCAGGGCCAGCUCCAAUACCAGACUGCCCUCCUGGCCUGGAAUACUUAACCCAGCUGGACAACAUACAUGUUCUUCAGCAUUUUGAGCCUCUGGAAAUGAUGAUGAGUUUUGAAACUAAUAAUAAAUAUGACAUUAAAAACAACCUGGACCAGAUGAUUUACACUGUAACUGAAGACACAGAUGACUUUACCAGGAAUGCUUAUCGGACACUGAGGCCCUUCGUCCUCCGGGUCACUGACUUCACGGGCCGAGAAAUCAUGACAGUGCAGAGACCUUUCAGAUGCACCUGCUGUUGCUUCUGUUGUCCCUCCACCAGGCAAGAGCUGGAGGUGCAGUGUCCUCCGGGCGUCACCCUCGGCUUCGUUCUGGACCACUGGAAUCUGUGCCGGGCAGUGUACAGCGUCCAGAACGAGAAGAGGAAAACUGUGAUGCGCAUACGUGGACCGUGCUCCACCUACGGCUGUGGCUCGGAUUCUGUGUUUGAGGUCACAUCCCUGGAUGGUGUCUCCAACAUCGGCAGCAUUAUUAGGAAGUGGAAUGGUUUGAUAUCAGCCAUGGGUGAUGCUGACCACUUUGACAUUCGCUUCCCAUUAGACCUGGAUGUGAAGAUGAAAGCCAUGAUUUUUGGAGCUUGCUUCCUCAUUGACUUCAUGUAUUUUGAAAGAUCUCCACCACAGCAUUCAUCACGAUAGAUGGACACCGCAAAUCAUCAUUGAUGAUUUAAAAAAAUUAGAAAGGUUGGAUUGGGCUUACAGUCAGCCCUCAAUUAUUUGUGAAUAUAUUUACCUGCUUUUGCAGAUUCUUUUUAUUUGGUGUUAGCUUUGACAUGUAGGCUGCAAGUGUGAGAACACAAUCUAAUGUAUGUUUCAAUUGAGUAUGUGUCUCAUUGUCUGCUUGGUAGAAUAGGAGUUCAUCCUGAAAAAGCUAUGACUCAUUAACCAAAUAAAUAUAAAUACAAAAUGAGCUUGAAAACACUUAAAUAUGAUAUAAGGGAAAUGAAUUCCAGAGCUCUCAUAUUAGUAGGUAAUGUCGAUCAACGUAGCCUCUUACCAAAGGCAGAUGUGAUUCAAGUUGAAAAUAAUGAUACUCUUCAUCUUUAAAAACAAAAAGGAAGGUGGGCAGAAAUAUUAAAUUUUUGGAAAACUUAGUUUUAUUAUGAAAAAAAAUUUUUAUCAUGAGAUUUAUGUUUUCCAUGCCUCAGGGGCUGCCUUAUAUAUGCAGACAAGGUCAGACUAUCAGGAAAGAAAGGUGACAAGGGCCAGAGACACUCUAGAUCUCUUAGCAACUUAGAGACAUCACUGGCCUUAUAAAAAACUUACAUUUAAUACAUUUAACCUCUCUUGGUCAGAUACCUUACAUAUUAAAUAUUUUUGGCCAAAUCUCUAAGGUUGUUAAUUGAACUGUUGUAUCUUGUUUGACAUAACACAGAGGAGAUAACUUUUAUCUUUCAAGAAGCUCCCCUAUAAUCACUGUACUGUUUUAAUCACAAGAAUUGGAGUUUUGUUUUCAAAUUUUGAAACAUGACAGUCUCUGUUACAUUUUCUAAAAGCAAGAAUUAUUCUAAAGAUCCAAGAUGGCAGAGAAGAAAGUGGAAGCUCCACUAACCUCCUCACAGGACCAAUCUGGAAUUACAACUAAAUUGUAGACAAAGCAUUCCAAAUAACCAACUGAACACUAGCUGGAGAAAGCCCUAUAACCAUAGACAGACAGAAUAAACCACUGCACCAUAGUGGGAUGUAUAGGGACUGCAGAGGAGGUGCAAGAGGGCUGGCUGGGAUCCCACAGGCAGCAGAUGAAGAUGAGGAGGGAUAUUUAAGCAGCCAGUGGGAUUCCCCUGUGAAGUGUGAGGGCUUAACCCCAAACUGGGCUCUCAGCCUACAGCACCAGAGUAGGAAAGGAACCCAGAUAAUAUCCAGCUAUGAAAAGCAGCAGGGUUUCCAUAUGCCAGGGAGAGAUGUCUGGAGGCUCAGAGAGCCUCUUAAAGGGUCAAUGCACAAAAUUCCAUUUGCAUUCUCUUACCCUGGGCUCCAGCAGAGGCAGGGCAGAGUAGACUGGUGAUGAUUGAGAAGAGUCUGAGGAUGGUGGCUCUGCAGAGAGAAUUGAAAGAACAGACACCAGGAUCCCUGUGCUGAGUCAUUCUUUGCACUGCAGGAGCCAUCUUUCUCAGGCAGAGCACUCCCCUUCAGAUGGCAUUAGCCUGAGGGGAAGCAAGAGCCCUGCCCAUGGAAAUUACUCUGCCCCAGCCUGUGGGGCUUAAGGCAUGCAGCUGAUUAUAGCUUGAUUAAUUUAAGAACUGAUCAGUUUAGUGGCUGAUUAGUAUAACAACUAAAAUGGAAAAUACAAAGAAGCAGACAAAAUGGGAAGACAAAGAAACAGAACCAAAAUGAAAGAACAGACUUCCGGUCAAGAUGGUGGCAUAGGCAGACGUGGCUCACCUCUUUGCACAACCACAUCAAAAUACAACUAAAAUAUAGAAUAACCAUCACUCAGGGACAUCAGAAAUCAAGCUGAAUGGAAGUCUGGCAAUUAUGGAAUUAAAAAAAAACACAUUCAUCCAGACCGGUAGGAGGGAUGCAGACACAGAAUGGAUUGGUCCAACACCCACAUGGAUAUAAAUUCAGGAGGGCUUUUUUUGGGAGCGAGGGGUAACAGACCUAGACCAGACACCCCAGCCCAGGAUUCCAGUGUCAGGAGAAUAAGUUCCUACAACUUCUGGCUGCAAAAACCAGCAGGGAUUGAGUCAGUGGAAGAAACUGCUAGAGCCUUAACCAGUUCCUCUUGAAGAACCCAUACAGAGACUCAGCUACUCAGUCCCUCUGAGCUCCAGCACUGGGGUAGCAGCUGGAAAGGCACCCUGGUAUACAGGGAGAAACUGAAGUGUCUGACAUCAAGGAAAUCAGAGGCCAUUGACUCUUUGCUAAACCCUUCCCCACAUGGAGCUGGUAAGCUGGUGCCAUAUCUGAGAUUCCAUCAAUUGCUUAACACUGUUUGACCCACAUUAGGAUCCCCAAAGGUUCUGCCUCACCAACAUGUAGGACCACCCAAACUGCCUUUCUGUAAGAAUAGCUGGUCUUGGCUUUUAAAUCCUAACAAACAAGCAACAGCUGACUUCAGUGAGCCCUAGCAGAAGCCAAAUUAGACUCACAGUUUGGCUGCGCCUGGGGAAUCUCCAACCCCACCACAAGUAGCUGCCAUCUCAGAUUGUUUUACAGCUCAGGCAGGGUGCCCCACACAAAACACAGGUGGGGGCUGACCUUGCCCUACACCACCCAGGAAACUCCAGGGACAGCUACAGACCACAUCACAACACCACAACUCAGCCCCUGUACAACUCCACAGAUGGUGGAAUUUGGUGGUCAAUGGUCACAACCAGUUCUUGCAGCUGAUUGUUCUGGGUAAAUACCUCCCAUUGACCUGCCAACAGCAACCAAAGCUCAACUAUAAGAGGAGGGUAUACUCAGCCCACAUGAAGGGCGCACCUCAAACGCCCACUUUGGGUGAUAGGGGAGGCUGUGCCACUGACCCUACAGUACAUGUGCUAUAUUAGGCCACACUACCAAGACACAGAGUCAAAGCAGCUCAACUUAAUACAUAUAAACAAACACAGGGAGGCUGCCAAAAUGAGGAGACACAGAAACAUGGCCCAAGUGAAAGAACAGAUCAAAAUUACAGAAAAAGAGCUAAACGAAAUGGAGAUAAGCAGUCUAUAAGAUGCAUAGUUCAAAACACUGCUUAUAAGAAUGUUCAAGGAACUUAGUGAAGACCUCAGUAGCAUGAAAAAGACCCAGUCAGAAACAAAGGAUACACUAACUGAAACAAAAACAAUUUAUAAGAAAACAACAGUAAAGUGGAUGAAGCCAAGAAUGAAAUAAAUUAUUGGGAACAUAAGGAGGAAAAAAAUCAGAACAACAAGAAGAAAAAAAUAAUUCAAAAAAAUGAGACUAGGAUAAACAACCUCUUGGGACAACUUCAAAGGUCCAACAUUUGCAUCAUAGUGGUGCCAGAAGGAGAAGAAAAAGCAAAAAAUUGGAAAUAUAUCUGAAAAAAGAGUGAAAGAAAACUUUCCUAAUUUAGUGAAGGAAAUAGACAUUCAAGUCUAUAAAGCACAUAAAGUCCCAAUUAUGACACAUGAAAAGAAGCCUACUCCAAGAUGAUAAUUAAAAGGCUGAAGGUUAAAGAUAAAGACUCUAAAAGCAACAAGAGGAAAGAAGUUACUAGAUGGUUGCCAAAAGGGAGGGCUAUGGCCUGGCUGGUGUAGCUCAGUGGAUUGAGCGUGGGCCUGCAAACCAAAGGAUUGUGGUUCGAGUCCCAGUUAGGGCACAUGCCUGGGUUGCAGGCCAUUUCCCAACAGGGGAUGCACAAGAGGCAACCACACAUCCAUAUUUCUCUCCUUCCCUUCCCCUCUAAUGAUAAGUAAAAUCUUAAAAAAGGGGGGGCUGUCGGGGAGAAUCGGUGAAAGUUAAGGGGGUUAAGAAGUACCAAUAUAUAGUUAUAGAAUAGCCAUCAGGAUGUAAAGUACAGCAUAGGAAAUGGAGUAGUCAAAGAACUUAUAUGCAUGGCCCAUGGACAUGAAUAAUGGUGGGGGGAUUUCCUGAGGGAGUAGGGGUGGAGGCAGGCAAAGGGGAAAAAUUAGGGCAACUGUAAUAACAUAACUAACAGGGAAAUCAAGGAAACAAUCCCAUUCACAAUUGCUUCAAAAAUAUAAAAAUACCUAGAAAUAAACUUAAUCAAGGGGGUAAAAGACCUCUGCUCAGAAAAUUAUAUGAUACUGAUGUAAGAAAUUAAAGGAAACAAAUAAGUGGAAGCACAUACCAUGUUCAUGGAUAAGAAUAAUUGACAUCAUUAAAAUGUCCAUACUACCCGAAGCCUUCUAUAGAUUCAACACAAUUCUUAUCAAGAUUCCAAUGAGAUAUUUCACAAAACUAGAACAAAUAUUUCAAAAAUUUAUAUGGAACAACAAAAGGCCCUGCAUAGCAGCAGCAAUCCUGAGAAAGAAGAACAAAGUUGGAGGAAUCACACUACCUAAUAUCAAACUGCACUAUAAGACCAUAGUAAUCAAAACAGCUUGGUACUGGCAUAAAAACAGACACAUAGAUCAAGAGAAAAGAAUAGAGAGCCCAGAAAUAAACCCACACUUUCAUAGUAAAUUAAUAUUUGACAGAGAAAGCAAGCACAUACAAUGAGCUGAAGAUAGUUUACUUAAUAAGUGGUGUUGGGAAAAUUGGAGAGAUACAUGCAGAAAAAUGAAAUUAGACCACCUUCUUAUGCCACACACAAGAAUAAAUUAAAAAUGAGCCCUGGCUAGUGUGGCUCAGUGGAUUGAGUGCCGGCCUGCGAACCAAAGUGUCACUGGUUUGAUUCCCAGUUUAGGGCAUAUGUCUGGGUUGCAGGCCAGGUCCCCAGUAGGGGGAACAUGAGAGACAGUUGAUGUUUCUCUCCCUUUUUCUCCCUCCCCUUCUCUAAAAAUAAAUAAAAUAUUUUAAAAAAAAGAAUAAAUUCAAAAUGGAUCAAAGACUUAAAUGUUAGUCCCCAAACCAUACAAAUCCUAGAAGAAAAAAUAGACAUCAAAAUCUCGGAUAUUGCUCAUCACAAUUUUUUUAUCAGCUAUGUCUCCCUAGACAAGGAAAACAAAAGAAAAAAAAUAAACAAAUGGGACUACAUCAAACUAAAACAAAAUAAAAUCUCUUUUGCACAGCAAAAGAAAUAAUUAACAAAAUAAAAAGACAACCCACAGAAUGGGGGAAUAUAUUUACCAAUACAUCUGAUAAGGGGUUAACAUAAAAAUUUACAAAGUACUUUCAAAACUCAACACCAAAAAGUCAAACAACCCAAUUAAAAAAUGGAUCAAAGACCUGAAUAGAUAGUUCUCCAACGAGGACAUACAGAUGGCCAAGAGACACAUGAAAAGAUGCUCCAGUUCACUAAUAAUCAGAGAAAUGCAAAUUAAAACCACACUGAAACACCAUCUCACACCUGUCAGAAUGGCUACCAUCAAUAAAUCAACAAAUAAGUACUGACAUGGAUGUGGAGAAAGGAGAAUCCUUGUGCACUGUUGGUGGGAAUGCGGACUGGUGCAGCCACUCUGGAAAGCAGUAUGGAGUUUCCUAAAAUAAUGAAAAAUGGCGCUGUAUUUUGACCCCACUUCUGGGACUAUAUCUGAAGGAACCCAAAACACUAAUUUGAAAGAACAUAAGCACCCCUGGGUUCAUUGUAGCAUUAUUUACAAUCAGCGAGAUAAGGAAGCAGCACAAGUGCCCACCAAUGGAAGAGUGGAUAAAACAACUAUGGGACACUUACACAAUGGAAUUCUACUCAGCUGUAAAAAAAGAAAAUUUUACCCUUUGCAAUAGAUUGGAUGAACCUGGAGAACAUUAUUCUACAUGAAAUAAGCCAGUCAGAGAAAGGCAAUUACCAUAUGAUUUCACUCACAUGUGGAAUCUAAUGAACAAACUUAAUAAGGAAAAUGGAGACAGACUCAUAGAUGAAGAACAAGAUGAAAGGUAGUUGCAGGGAGGGAGUUAGGGGGUAGAAGAAUUAAACCAAAAGGAAAAGAACUCAUGCACAUGGGCAACAACAGUAUGGUGAUUGCUGGGGGGCGGGCCUAAAAACAGACACAUAGAUCAAGAGAUCUUACCUGCCAGGGCAGGUAAUAAGUGGACUAAAAGGCAAUGUAAAAAAAUACAAUAAAAAUUUAAAAAAUAACAGCAAAAACUACAAAUUCUGACACAGCUUACUAUUACUUUGCUGCUUUUUGAGUAGUAGAUAAAUCUGUGUCUAUGCACAGAUAAAACCAUAAACAUUCUACAGAUUAUACGGUAUGAGUACAGAUUAUAUAGGAUGAACACAGUUAAAAUAUACAUUGUACUAGUUUGUAUUAACCAAGUAACAGCAUGGUGUGUUAGUGACUAGACUCUGAUAAAUCCACUUGCUUCUCUUGCACGUUACCUUCCUGUCUGGUCACUGACUGUGUGUGUGUUUUAACACAGCGAAUGGAGUAUGUUCUUCUGCUCCUUAUUAAAUAAAGCAGUCUGAAUGUUCUUAGCUUUGUUAUUCUGAGAUAAGGGCCUUCAACCACAGUUAUUAUUAAAGUGAAAGAAAGGUGCCUUGCCUAUUAAUUGUAUUCACCUUUUCAUGGCAAAAGUUGUUUACUCAGUUUAUUGUAAUAUUCAUUUUUAUUCAUCACUACUGGCUUUAAAAAACUAUGUAAAAGCUGCUUCUUUCUAAAAUUCUAAUUACUUUAUAUUUAAAAAUGCAAUUGUACUUUGAGAUAUACGUAUAAUAUUUCAAUAUUUCUCAAUAAUAUGUAUAUUUUUGAGACAUACAUAUUAUUUCUCAUAAUAAUAUCUGACUUUUUUCUAUAGAAAAUCAGACAAGUAGUAUUCAUAAAUGUUAUCUGUAUAAACUUUUCUUUUUUACUUGCACACAUCUCAUUCCAAGACCUGCUGCAUAAUACCAAGAAAAAAAUUAUUUUUAGCAUAUGACAUUUAAAAUUUUUCUUCAAAGUUUUUGUGGUAUUAGCAUUCUCUUAUAUUUAUAACUUCUCUUUCUUUCACAAUAAUACCAUGUCUUAUAUUUUUAUACAACAGUUCAUAUUAUAAUUUCUUUAUUUCUUAAAUGACAUUUCAUUGUAUACAUAGGUCAGAUUAAUUAAAAAAAUAAGGUGUUCUCGAAAUUUGUG